AGUCGAUCAGAUCGACAACGACUUCAGACGACGUAUGACUUUCAUUGACGCAAGUUUCACAUUUAAUUAGAGAAACUACAUUGCCGUGUUUGUGUGUGUAUGCGUGUGUGUAACGCAGAUGUAAAAUAAAAUAAAAUUGAGAUCUACAAAUUGGCAUUGAAUAGUGGUAAAAUUAUCAGAGUUCUAAACAAUAUUCCUUUAAAGCCGGCAACAAAAUAUUCAAUAUUGAAAAGGAACGACCAUGAGCGCUAGCAAGGACGCCGCUGCGGCAGCCCCUGCUACCAACAAAGAGACCAGCACACCCGUCAUCAGAGUAAUGGACGUGGAGAAAAUGGUUUCACUGAAGGCGAAACGUAGUGGCACACGCAUGAAGUUGCUCAACGAUGUGACCGCAAAGGCUGCUCGCCCCAAACAGGAGAAACGCACCAGUAUCAAGAUACUCAACAACGAUGAAGCCCAGAGCAGCUCGAAAGGCAGCGAGAAACGUGCCACGCCCAAAACGGUUAGCCCAGGUGUUAAAAUAUUAAACGAGAAGCGAAUUACACCCUCUGCCGCAGCAAUGGAAACAGCCAAAAUAAAGACAUCGCCCAGCAAGAAGAAGAAAAUGGAUCAUUAUGUACUGCAGGCCAUUAAAAGUGAGAACAGCAAAGCCGACAACACGACAAGCGUUGUGGUUGUCGAGGACGACGACACCAUUGACUUUAUACUGGCCGAUGAUGAUGUUGAGCUCGGAGACGCUGCCAAGGAGAAUGGCGAAGAGUUUGUUGUAUCUGGCGUCGAGGAUGAUGAUGACGACGAGGAUGAUGAUGAUGAAGACGAUGAGGUUGGGUCAGGAGGAGGUGCAAGCGGGGCAAAGCGCAAAAGUGGCAACAACAACAACAACGAGCUCAAAGAAAUGGUCGAGCACGUGUGCGGCAAAUGCUACAAGACAUUCCGUCGCGUCAAGAGUCUGAAAAAGCAUUUAGAGUUCUGUCGCUACGACAGUGGCUAUCAUCUGCGCAAGGCGGAUAUGCUGAAGAAUCUGGACAAGAUUGAACGUGAUGCCGUGGUUAUGGAGAAGAAGGACAUCUGUUUCUGUUGCAGCGAGAGCUACGAUACCUUUCAUCUGGGCCACAUCAACUGCCCCGACUGCCCCAAGUCGUUCAAAACACAGACGAGCUAUGAGCGUCACAUUUUCAUCACACACUCAGAGUUCAACGACUUUCCAUGCUCCAUUUGUAAUGCCAAGCUGCGUAGCUCUGCGCUGCUGAAGCUGCACGAGCAGCAACAUCAAUCCAGAGGCAAGCCUUUUGCCUGCAAGAUUUGUGGCAAGGACUUUACGCGCUCAUAUCAUUUGAAGCGUCAUCAGAAGUAUUCGUCGUGUUCGGCCAAUGAGAACGAUACCAUGAGCUGCAAGGUGUGCGAUCGGGUCUUCUAUCGCUUAGACAAUUUGCGCGCUCACCUCAAGCAGCAUCUGGGCACCCAGGUGGUGAAGAAGCCGGAGUACAUGUGUCAUGUGUGCAAGAACUGCUUCUACAGUCUGUCCACACUUAACAUUCACAUACGCACACAUACGGGCGAGAAGCCAUUCGAUUGCGAUUUGUGCGACAAGAAGUUUUCGGCGUUGGUAGCGCUCAAGAAGCAUCGUCGCUAUCAUACGGGCGAGAAGCCGUAUACCUGCACAGUGUGCAGUCAAUCCUUUGCAGUGAAGGAGGUACUCAAUCGCCACAUGAAGCGGCACACGGGCGAGCGACCGCACAAGUGCAACGAGUGUGGCAAAAGCUUCAUACAAGCCACACAGCUGCGCACGCAUUCCAAGACACAUCUGCGUCCCUACUCCUGCUCCUUGUGUAUUCAAAAGUUUAAAACGGAAAAACAACUCGAGCGUCAUGUCAAGGAGCAUUCGCGUCAGAAACGCCCCUCGUUUGCCUGUUCGGAGUGCACACGAAGCUUCCGCACCAGCGCACUUCUCAAGGAGCACAUGGACGCUGGCGAUCACUCGCCUGUUAAGCCGACUCGAGCUAAACGUUCGGCCAAGGUGAUCGAGCGCACUGACUGUGCAAUUUGUGACAAGAACUUCGAUAGCACUGAUACGCUCCGUAAUCACAUACGCAACGUGCACGAGUGCGAUCCGGAUGAUAUUUUCGGCACUGAGCCACCAGCCAAACGCAAAGCGAACAAAAAGACCGUCGUGGUGGUAGAAGACGAAGAAGAAGACGAGGCGAAUGAAGAGAAAGACCAGGAUAAGGAAACGCCGGCUGCCAACACAUCAGCUGGCUCGCUCAUCUCCAGCAAAACGGAUGACAACGGUGUCGUGGUGCGUGAGUUUUUAGUGGAUGAGGGUGAUGGCAAUGCGCAGACCAUUGUGCUCGAGAACGAGGUGUACACCAUUUUGCCUUUGGAGGGUGCAGCCAGCACAGCUGAGGCGACGGCCGAAGACGAUGUCAAAGCCGAGUCGAAGGAGAAGCCACAGACGGCUGUGUCUCCGGUUGUCAAGAAGGAGCAGCGUAAAUCGUUGGCCGCCAGCUUAGCCGCUGCUAUUGCGGAUAAUCUGGAUGAGCCGUCAAGCGAUGAUGAGUUCAACGGCGAGGUGCUCACUGAGGAGGACAUAAAACUGAAGGAGAACAUAGCGAAGCUAAUCGAUAUGCUGGUCGACCCGCAAACACUCAAGAAAUACAACUGGCCCAACAGCUCCGAGGAGUCGGUGCUAUGCAAGGUCAUCGAGAAUUGUGGCCACGAUCUGGCCAAGGGCAGCGAAGCCUAUGCCGAGUUGGACUAUGGCAGUCGCAUGCGGGAAUACUGCAAACUCUUGUUCACUGUGGUGAUUCACAAUGACUCCAUAAAGGCGCUGCUCAACAACUUUCCCAUCGACGAUGUUAUCGAGUACGUGCUGGGUGAUGAGGACCAAGACCAGGAUCAGGAAGCAGACAAAGGCAAAGAGAAAGAUAAUGUCGAAGAAAAAUCGGACACGGACACUAGAGAGGAUGAAGCUGAUGAAGCUGAAGCUUAGAAUUGUUCUGCAUCUUAUUUGUAAAUACAUUUAUUGGGUAUUCACAAGUCGGACAGCGAGAGACGAAAAUUUUAAUGCAUGGAUACAUAUAUAUAUAUGUAUAUAUAGCAAAGGACAGCAGCCUCCGCUGUAAAGUACCCAAAAUAUUAAUUUUGUUUAAGCAUGUUGGUUUCGGUUUGAACACUAAGUGACCUUAAAUAAUGAAUGAUUAUAAUGUACCACCCAUUGAACUGUUAUUUACAAUUUACAUGCGAUACUUCU